GGAGGCGCGGGCGCGCGCGAGGAAGCCGGCUUUACGGUGCCUGUGGGCGCGCACGCAGGCGAGCAGGGAAGGGGCGGGUGCGCGCGCCCGUGCACGCGCGGGGAGGAUUGGUUUCGAUGCGGGCAGUCAGUCGCCGUCCCUGGACGCUCCGAUAGUCACCGGAGACGGCGAGGAGCCGGAGCUGGGAACGGUGGCGACAUCCUAGGCCCAGGUGAUCAGGCUUGACGACCUUGCUGCCCCGCUCGGUUUGAAAUUCCGGAGUUGGCCGCCGCCGAGGAGGCAGUCUUUCCCUCACCCAUCAACAGGUUGGCGAGAGUCGAGAGUUGGGAUCAGUUUGGCCGGCUGCUUUUGAAGUUUGUCCCGGCCGUCCGGGCCUAGGCCGGGAGGUGUAAGUAGCUGCAGACCACUUUACAAAGCGUGAGUCGAUGUGGGAGAGAAAGAAGCAGAUGAAAUGUGGACAUUCUCCCAGAGUGAUGCGAGCCUCAGUUUAAGUAGACUGGAAUGUGACAUUAAUAUCAAGUACCUCUAUCGUCAUUAACAUGAAUUUUCUGAUAAGGAACCAAAUUUUCAGUACAGGUUCCAGAAACAAGUAAUUUUAAGGACAGAAGUUUCAGUCAUGACUACCUCGCAUAUGAAUGGACAAGUUGCAGAUGAAUCAGAAUGUACUGCUAAGAAUUUAGACCUUUCAUCCCGUGACGAACCAUCCAGACACAGAGAAAUGGCUGUAGAUUGCCCUGAUGAUUUGGGUUCACGAACUAUGCCAAUACGCAGAAGUGCUCAGUUAGAGCGUAUUCGCCAGCAGCAGGACGAUAUGCGCCGUAGACGAGAAGAAGAGGGGAAAAAGCAGGAAUUUGACCUUAAUUCUUCCAUUCGACUGAAGAAACUGGCACAAGUUCAGCCUAAAAUUGGCAUUGAUAAUCCAACAUUUGAUAAAGAAGAGGAUUUUAUUUUAGAGGGACCCAGCAAUGCAGUUAAAGUACUUGAGGUAGAUGAACUGCUGUCUUCUCUAAAACAUAUCCAACAUAACCUGGUUGACAGUCAGAGUCAGGAUGAUGUGGCACUGAUUUUGCAGCUGGUUCAGAACCAAGAUUUCCAAAAUGCCUUCAACAUUCACAAUACAGUAGCAGUUCAUAUGCACAAGAUGAGUCCACCUUACCCUAUAAGCUCCAAUGCACAGGAAUUAUCCCAGGAGGUCCAAAAGAUUUUAACCAUUAGUCAUCAAAAGGAUGGACAGGAACUCGGUGCUCUUCUUGCUUCACCACUUUUUGAUGCACUGCUUUUAGCCCAUGAUGGAGUGGCUAAACAGGAAAUGCUUCUGGAAUCGAAAAAUGAAGACAAUGUUUAUGAGAGAGUUGCACAUUAUGGAGGAGAAACUGUGAAAAUUGUUCGCAUUGACAAAGCUCGUGAUAUCCCUCUUGGAGCCACAGUACGAAAUGACAUGGAUUCUGUGAUUAUCAGUCGAAUAGUGAAGGGUGGUGCUGCAGAGAAGAGUGGUGUACUGCACGAAGGAGAUGAAGUUCUUGAAAUAAAUGGAAUUGAGAUUCGUGGAAAAGAUGUAAAUGAGGUGUUUGACCUGCUGGCUGAGAUGCAUGGUACACUGACGUUUGUGCUGAUUCCCAGUCAACAGACCAAGAUUCCUCCUGCCAAGGAAAUGGUGGUGCACGUAAAAGCCCACUUUGAUUAUGACCCUUCGGAUGAUCCUUAUAUUCCCUGUCGUGAGUUGGGGCUAUCUUUCCAAAAAGGAGACAUACUUCAUGUAAUCAGUCAAGAAGAUCCCAACUGGUGGCAGGCUUAUAGAGAUGGAGAUGAAGAUAAUCAGCCAUUAGCUGGGCUUGUUCCAGGGAAAAGCUUCCAGCAACAAAGAGAAGCCAUGAAACAAACGAUAGAAGAAGACAAGGAACCUGAAAAAUCAGGUAAACUUUGGUGUGCUAAGAAAAAUAAGAAGAAGCGGAAAAAAGUGUUAUAUAAUGCAAAUCGAAAUGACGACUAUGACAAUGAUGAAAUCUUGACAUAUGAAGAAAUGUCACUGUAUCACCAACCUGCAAGUAGGAAACGGCCAAUAGUUUUAAUUGGCCCAGUGAACUGUGGCCAGAAUGAACUGCGGCAGAAGCUGAUGGAAAGGGAGGCUGAUCGUUUUGCUCCGGCAGUGCCCCAUACAACACGGCCCAUGAGAGAUAGUGAGGUGAAUGGACGUGAUUAUCUCUUUGUGGCACGUCAGUUUUUUGAAGCUGACAUUGCCACCAACAAAUUCAUCGAAUAUGGAGAAUAUGAAAAAAAUUUGUAUGGUACCAGUAUUGAUUCAGUACGACAAGUGAUUAACUCUGGGAAGAUAUGCUUGUUAAAUUUGCACACACAGUCUCUGAGGAUUCUGCGCAAUUCUGACUUAAAGCCGUACAUAAUCUUCAUUGCACCACCUUCCCAGGAACGAUUGCGUGCGAUGCUUACCAAAGAGGGGAAAAAUCCUAAGCCUGAAGAUUUGCGGGAUAUCAUAGAAAAGGCCAGGGAAAUGGAGCAGAACUAUGGACACUAUUUUGAUGCAGCAAUUGUUAAUACAGACUUGGAAAAGGCAUAUCAAGAGUUAAUUCGCCUCAUAAAUAAACUUGACACAGAACCUCAGUGGGUCCCGUCUUCAUGGCUUCGAUGAAAACAAAUAACAGGACUUUUUUUUAAUGAAAGUUUAUCAGAUGUUUAACUCGAGCAGUAGAGGGUGGGGUUGGCAGGGAUCGACUAUUCGACAUUCCAGUUUAUGCCAGAAAUUGGCAGUAGAAAUACUUGUAUAAUUACUAUUAUGGAAGCUCUAUUUAUAAUGUAAAUAUAGAUGCUCUUCUGUCAUUAGCUAUCUCUGAAUCGCACUGUAUAUAUUCAUGUCUUCAAACUACAGAUUUAACCUUUUUAGGUGCAGUAUUUUUUAUUUUGUUUAGGUUACAGCCUUGAUCGAUGAUAAUUUGUAAAAAACACUGUCCAAGGCCUUCUUAUGAGAAAAGUAUGCCUAUAUUUUUUAUGGAAAAUAGAAUUCACGAAUUCCACAGCAUAGAUUUUUUUACAUUAUAAUAGAUUCUGGUUCGUCGUAACAGAAAGACACUUUAGUUUUGGGCAGUUUUGCUCAGUUGAAAGACUUGAUGAUUUGUUUUUAAAGAGUGUAUAUGUGUGAACCUAAUUUGUGCAGACUAAUACAUUGUCUCUAAUGAUCAGCAAGUUUGAUCAUGGACUGGAGUAGAAUUAUUGAAUGUAACUACUGUACAUAGUUAAUAAUUGGCACAGCGUACAUCCUAAGCAGCUGCCUUUUCAAAGCGCAAUCAUCAAAUGUGAAUAUUUUAAUUAAAAUGACUGAGUCUGGAAAAUCUUUUACAUGAAAUCUAGAUAGUAAUGAAAUUUCUCUUAUUUUUGAGAAUGGCUUUUAAACACUGGAAUUUAAUGACACUUUCUAGCAAAAAUAUGCUGAACAAUUUAUGAAUGAUGCAUGUUUUAUUUUUGUUUUAUGCAGAUAAUUUUUCCAGUAUUAAACCUGCAGAGAUAUUGGAGAUAGUGCAUUUGAUAUCUAUUUGUUUGUAUAAAGCAAAGCAGCAUGUUUGAAAGGGGUCAAGUAUUAAUAGCUGUAUAAGUAAUUGGGAUAUUUAAUUUUAUCGAUGGAUCAGCAGUCGAGGUUUGAUAACAUGCCAAUUUAUCUGACACCCUUCAUGCUUUUGAAAUCCUUUGGGCAAAUGUUUGGAUGUGCCAUGUGCAAAUUAUGCAUAUUUUAACAUGAGGAGUCUAUCCAUAUUCAGGGUACGGCCUCAGCUGGCAAUGUAUCUACACUCUAAUUAUAGAAAUCAUUUCCAGACACUUGACCACACAGAAUAAUGUAAAAGUGUAUUUGUAGAUUUUCAAUAAAACAAAAUCACUCCUGCCUGAUUUGGAGCUCAUUAAA